CCGUCCAAUUCUUUGUUCUUUCGCCCACUGCCCCUUGCUUUUCCGUUUUCAGAAUCACUUCAAGAACCGAAUAUACCCAAUUUCAUAACCCCCCAUGUGAAAGAUUCAUCGCAAUUUCGAAACGGGGUUCAUUCGAUCGAACAAAUAAGGAAAGAUUGAAAGAACCCACCACCGAUUUUCUUCGAUUUUAGUUUGAUUCCUCCUGCAUUUGCGGUUCACGCCGGCGGCUAUGGCCGACAAGGAGUCCUUGGAACUCCUCAAGAAAGAUAUCAAAGAGUUGCUCCAAAGAAUCGUUGAUCAAGAUGAUUUUGAAUGCUCAAUCGCUGAUGAGGCUAUCGAGAAAUUGAAUUCUUUGAAACUCACCAAAAUGGCCGCCGCCUCCGCCGCUGCUGCUGCUGCUGCUGCUGCUCCGGUGGAAUCUGGUGGGGAUAGUGCCCGUACGGCUCUGGUUAUGCCGGAUGAGUUCCGGUGCCCGAUUUCUGGGGAGCUUAUGGAAGACCCUGUUCUGUUGAAAACUGGUCAGACAUAUGAUCGGCCCUUCAUCAAUAAAUGGUUCAAUAAAGGGCACAAUACAUGUCCUCGGACCAACGAAGUCCUUCACGACAUGACGCUUACUCCGAAUCGUAGUCUUCGGUCGAUGAUUUUGAAAUGGUGCAUAGAUAACAAAUUGGAGCUUCCAAAGCUUACUUAUGAGGAAACAGUGGCCCAUGCCACUGAAUCCCAUUUGGAUGAAUUGCUUAACCAGUUGUUGUCUUCAUCCCUUUCGGAUCAAAAGUUAGCUGCAAAGGAGUUGAGACAGAUAGCGAAAUGGAACCAUGAGUUUCGAUCCCUUUUCGCGAAGCUCCCGGAUUCGAUCGAGAGACUAUUGCAUCCUAUCUCGGUAGACCACGUUAAUCUCCAUCCUGAUCUUCAAGAGGAUUUGAUUACCACUGUUCUUAAUAUCUCACUUAGUGGCGAUAACAAGAAACGUCUCGUCGAGAACCAGUUGGUCCUCUCGUUGCUGAUCCAAUCCUUACAAUACGGAAGUAGCGAGGCGAAGGCGAAUGCAGCUGCAGCUAUUUUCUCGCUAUCUUUAUAUCAGGAGAAUAAGAUUGCCAUUGGUAACGCGGGAGCUAUCAAACAUCUGGUUGGACUUUUAGACGAAGGCCAUCCGGUAGUAAUGAGAGAUGCAGCUUCAGCAAUUUUCACUCUCUGUACCGCAAGCGCGAACAAAGAGAAGGCAGUUUCGAGCGGAGUAGUUGUCUCGGUUCUUCGAAACAUCACCGAAGGUGUAUUGGUCGACGAGUUGGUUUCAGUACUUGCGCUUCUUUCGAACAAUAUGAAGGCUAUCAGCAUAAUGUGCAAGCUGAACGCGGUGUCGUGUAUGUUGAAAGUGAUAAGGGAAUCUACGUCCCAAGGCGUGAAAGAAAACUGCAUAUCGAUACUGGACACGAUCUCCUCGACUUAUCGAAGCAAAUUGAAGGAGAUUCAGGAGGACGAGAAUGCAAAUGGUAUGAUCUCGAAACUUUCCCGAAACGGGAAUUCGAGAGCAAAGAGGAAGGCUAUGAGCGUACUCGAAAAGCUGCAAAGAGCUGGUUCAAUUACUCACACUGCAUAAUGAAAAUAGGUCAGAUUCUUUUACUUCAAUUCACCUGUGUAUAGAUAUAGAUAUACAAAAAGUUGCACAUAUUACACAAGAAAUAGGAAAGUUUUGGUCCAAAACAGAGUGAUGAACUACAAAUACUUCAUUUUUUUUUUUUUUUUUUUUUUUGCUAAUCAUAAAGGA